UGUGUUGCAUUAUUUGCAGAUUGCAGCAGGCCUGAAACGUCUGUGCGGUAUUUAUAAGCAAGUGCAAAGAUGGCAGGCUUCGACGAGGAACAGGUCUUCUACAACGACUUUGGACAAGCAUUUGAUGACUACGAGCAGCCUCAAGGCAUCACACGGGGACAGGCACGAUUGUAUUUUGAGGAUUUGCUGCGCAGAAAGACAAAGGACUUCUUUCAGAUCAGCCAAGAAGACAGAAAUCGAGGCCUGGAUGCCACAGUAGGGGAAGGGAUCAGCGGUGACCAGCUCAAGGUGGAUGUUGCUGACAUCCUCAGCUACAACGACGAUCUCGCAAGAUACGUGGAGGAAAAUCCAUCAGAGAGCCUGCCAUUGCUGGAAGAGGCGGCCAGCAACCUGCGGCGGAAGCAGGCCCACAACCAGGAUGGAGAUGAUGCUGAGAUAGACCUUCCAGAUCUCCAAGUGCUCCUUUACAGCAGCAGACAGUUCGGCCCAAGCUCCAUUCGAGAGCUCACAUCUGAGCACGUCUCACGGCUUGUGAGGAUCCCGGGUAUUGUCACAGCUUCUUCCAGACCCAAGCACAAGGCCACUCACGUCACCAUCAUCUGCCAGAAGUGCAAGAACACCAAGGUGAUCGCCUGCAAGCCGGGGCUGGCAGGCGCCCAGAUACCCCGGUACUGCGAUGGAGGCGCUGAGAAUGAAUUCGGCGCAAACAACUGUGGCCAGGAGUCCUUUGUGAUCCUGCCCCACAAGAGCAAGUUCUCUGACCUGCAGACUCUGAAGCUCCAGGAGCGUCCAGAGGAUGUGCCGACAGGAGAGCUGCCGCGCAGUAUCUUGCUGGCAGUGGACAGGUGCAUGGUGGGAACCAUCGCUCCCGGCACCAGAGUCACAGCCGUGGGCAUCUACAGCACCUUCCAGCAAGGUGGCAAGGACAAGAGGGAGACAGGUGGGUCGCAAGCGAUCCAGAUGCCAUAUCUGCGAGUUGUGGGCAUUGAAGAGGAGGUGGAGGGCGCUCACAGCACACCCACCUUCACGGCGCAGGAGGAAGCCGAGUUCAGGGAAUUUGCGGCGCGGCCGAAUGUGCUGGACCUCAUCCCCAAGCGCAUCGCUCCCCAGAUCUUCGGCGCUGACAGGAUCAAGGAGGCAGUCGCCUGCCUGCUCUUCGGCGGCUCGCGCAAGCAAUUGCCGGACGGCACAUGGAGGCGCGGUGACAUCAAUGUUCUGUUGCUUGGAGAUCCUUCCACGGCCAAGUCGCAGUUCCUCAAGUUUGCCUCCAAGACGGCCCCCAUCGCCGUGUACACCUCUGGCAAGGGCUCCUCGGCCGCCGGUCUCACCGCCAGCGUCAUCAGGGACAGCCAUGGCGAGUUUUACCUGGAGGGAGGUGCGAUGGUGCUGGCGGACAACGGCGUGGUGUGCAUAGACGAGUUUGACAAGAUGCGGCCGGAGGACCGCGUGGCCAUCCACGAGGCCAUGGAGCAGCAGACCAUCUCCAUCGCCAAGGCAGGCAUCACCACCAUGCUCAAGUCCCGCACCUCGGUCCUCGCCGCCGCCAACCCCCCCUCCGGCAGGUACGAUGACAUGAAGUCGGCCGGGGAGAACAUCGAGCUGCAGACGACCAUCCUGUCCCGCUUCGAUCUCAUCUUCAUCGUCAAGGACGAGCGCAAUGCCGACAGGGACCGUGAGAUCGCCAAGCACGUGCUGGAGGUGCACCGGGCGGCGACGCAGCGCAACGAGGGGCAGGAGGACGAGGAGAGGGAGGAGGCCUUCUUCAAGCGCUACCUCGAGUUCUGCCGCGCCAAGGUCUCCCCGCGCCUCUCCCAGCCCGCCGCCGACUCCCUCGUGUCCCAGUACGUUGAGCUGCGCGAGCAGGGCCGAGCGGCGGCGCGACAGAACGAGAGCGACGCGCCGGUGGUGCCCAUCACGGUGCGGCAGCUGGAGGCCGUGGUGCGCAUAGCGGAGUCGUUCGCGCGCAUGCAGCUGCAGCCAGUCGCGACGGAGGCCCAUGUGCGCCGCGCUCUGGACCUCUUCACCGUGUCCACCAUGGACGCCGUCAAGUCGGGCGUCAUGGAGGCCGUUGCGUUCACGGAGGAGCAGAGGGCGGAGCUGCACGCGGUGGAGGCGCAGAUAAAGCGGCGCAUCGCGAUCGGCAGCACGGUGAGCGAGCGCAAGCUCAAGGACGAGCUGGUGCGCUGCGGCAUGUCGGAGAUGCUCAUCGGACGCGCGCUGCACUACCUCACCCAGCAGGGCGACCUCGACUUUGUGCGCGGCCGCAAGAUGGUCCAUCGCACCAGAUGA